CCAGAUCUGUGCCUGUGACUCCGCCCAGCGUUACGGGCACAGAGUCACAGACUUGGGCAAAUAUAUAGGAGAUAAUCUGAAUAAGAAUUAAGAAUAAAAUAUACAAAAAAGAACACUAAAUUAUAGUUAGCCUUUUAUCACUGUGUAGAGUGUUAGAUGGAGCGAGGUACAGUACAAGAUGGAUGUGUGGAAAGGUGCUGCAUAAGGCCAGGGAUCAGCAGGGUGGUUAAUGGAGAAGUGGAGUAGGGUCAUGGUUGUGGAUGGUGUAAGAAGCUAGGAGAUAUCAUGGAAGGAAGGACAAAGAUGUGUAUUAUAAAUAUGUUACACUUAAAUGAGGCUGUAGUAUGUUAUGCCGGCGGUCGAGCUCCCGGCGGCCAGCAUUCCGGCGCUGGAAUCCCGACUGCCGGCAUACAGACAGCUGGGCGAGUGCAAAUGAGCCCCUUGCGGGCUCGCUGUGCUCAUCACGCUGCGGGCUAUCUGUUCUCCCUCCAGGGGGGUCGUGGACCCCCAAGAGGGAGAAAAGCGGUCGGUAUGCCGGCGGUCGGGAUUCCGGUGCCGGUAUGCUGGUCGUCGGGAGGCUGGCUACCGGCAAACUGAAGACCACCCCUUAAAUGACCAUGUAUAUAAAGAGGCAGAGGAAAUAGAAGAAACACAAAACAAAGAAAAUGCGAAAGAAAAGAACACAAAAAAAGAAAAAGAGAAGUAGAGUGGAUGGGAAGGAAGGUGGAAGAGACGGGAGUGAGAGUGCUGAUGAGACUGAGCCUAAGAGAUGAGGAACAUAAUAUGUUAUGGCGGGAGAAAUACGGACAUGAGAUGGAUGAAGGGCCAUCCAGACAUCAAUGAGACAUGAGUCCGGAGUAUAUAAUGUCCCCUGGAUGAGAUACUUAGCCGAUUCAAAUGUAAGUGAACGCUAUGGAGAGACUGCAGCUAAACAGUGUAUCCAAAUUGCAUUUUGUGCUCUUUUUCUGGAUAUCUACAAUGCAUCUUUGGUGCCAGCCUGGAUUGUCCCUGACGUCAUCUGGAAAAUCAGACUACUGCCUUGUCUUGCUAAACAGCUGCUUAGUUGAAGCAGAUCGGAGUGAAGAGCUGGCAUUCCUGAAGCCAUUCCUAGAGAAGUCAUUCAUGAAGAGGUCCUUCAGGAAUGGCGUUGGGUCAGGAAUAAAAAAAAAUUCUUUCAGAAGAGCAAAAUCCUAACAAAGUGUUCUCGAAAAGACCCUUUCCACACAGAUGGAGAUUUUUUUUCCCAAUGAAUUCACGUAUAGCAAACUCUGUACCUCUGACGAGAUAUUUAAGAAUUAAGCCAUUUUUUUUUUUAUUUGCGCUAUGACCACAGGCAUCAAUACAGAAAGAGGGAGGUAAUUUUGCACAGAAUAUUUAGAAAUGUUUGCUUAGAAAGUUAGACCAUGUGACCACAAGAAUUUUGUUUAUAUUUCCUCACUGAUCUCUAUGGAGUAACAGCUACUUUGUACACUGGUACUUUUGGCGUAGCGGGGUGGGUGAAGUCCACCGUAUUCUACUUUCCCCAUCCCUAGUCAACAUUAGAAUUCUCAAGCCCUGUUAUGAAGCAAAAGAAUGGUCACAGUGUUUGUGGGGUUGCCCUUGUCCACUUGGGAUCUUUGGCGAUGGCAACACGGAAGCUAGACAUGUCUACACCGUAUUAGGGGCAUGGCUGUACUUCUUUGGCAGGUCCAGGUCUGGCACAAAUACUUUGCCCCCUCCCCCUCCCCCUCCCUUUGGCCCCCAUGCACUUCUGUAAACUGUUCCUGUGUGUACAGGUAUUAUGUUUUUCCAGGGAGAUCAGAGAUCUUUGUGCAAAUAUCUUUUCCCCUCUGGUGAAAUAUAGAUAGCUGUGUGUUCAUGGCUUUCUUUUACAUGUUUAUGGAACGCUAAUUAAAUUAUAAUUUCCAUAAAAUCAGCCGUGUCAAAUAUCUACACACAUGCACCAAUUAGUUACUUAAGAUAGAAUUUAAAUUUUUUUUAAAAACUACAGAAAAAAAAUUGCAGAAACAAGUCACAUUUGUACACAAUGGUUGGACUAAUUUCUUAGAAGCAAUUUAGCCAGGAAGAAAUCACUUGGGAUAUAUUGAUUAAUUUUUACAGGCAUCCUGGGAAAUUAUGCUCAUUUUAGAAAUUCUGGUCUUGUAGCUACAAUCAAUUAACUCACUCAAGUCAUGGUUUCUACUGAACACACAGUGUCGUUACACCCGCAAAUCUUUUGUCUCAUCUUCCUAGCGCUCAUUAAAUUAAGGAUGAGCAACAAAUUAUAACUGUGCAAGAGUGCAGGAACUGCUACAGCACUUUACUAAUGGACAACAUGAUGUUGUUAUAAUGUACUGGUAAAUAUCAUAUCGAGAAUAUAUAUAUAUAUAGAUAUAUAUAUAUAUAUAUAUAGAGAGAGAGAGAGAGAGAGAGAGAGAGAGAGAGAGAGUUUAUUGGUCAGAAUCUGUUACAUGGUAUUGUGUUGGUAAAGGCAUCAACACCGUCUUUUUCAUAAGUACAAAACAUAAUCUAGCAUGUCUUUUAUACAUUG